AGGAUUUUAUAGGGCGGAGUAUAUAAAAUGUUAAAACGUCAUAUUUCCGUUGGCUUAUGAAUCCCAGUUCUAUUGUCAGUUUCGAGUAGAGAUGGUAAUGAUGGAAACCACAUUCAACAUACUAACUACCAUGUUGCUAUGAAAUGACGACUAUAGCCUUGAAUGUCAGAGAAAGCCACCAGCAGCUCAGACCAUUCCCCAGGCUCCAUAUGCGACUCAAAGAUUCGCUUCCCAUCUCCUUUCAUUGUCAAAAGUCUUCUUCACUCUCCUCCACAGUCAUCACACACACAGGCGAAACGCCAAGAAAGAUGAAGAGCUCGUCCAAGGUGAUAAUGGGGGCAACUCUGAUGAUGGUAAUAAGCUUGGCCAUAGUGUCGGGCCUGGUCUUGGUGCUUUUAGCUGAGCUAUACUGCUCUCUUUUACUACGUAGGCGCAGGGUCAGGCUCCCCACGUCCCACUCCACUUCAACCACCACCGCUACAGCUGCAACAACGCCAGUCUCCUUUCUGUGUUCCUCUUUUCAUCCUCAAGACUCCGACAAUCAAGCAGCCAGUCCUCUCAGUAGCUUCUAUGCACAGGGUGUGCUUCAUGCCCCAAGAAGCUUCCUGUUCCCCCAAGUUUCUCCCAGAGAAGCCAAAAACGGACGCUCCAAAUUUCAUCAAGUCCUUCAAUUCCAUGCAAAAGAGUGUUUGAACACAAGCCCUCGUCAGAUUGGAAUUCUAUCUCCUUCAUCUGCAUCGACGUCCUUUGGAACUUCACCUCAACUAAUCCAGGAAAUCCCAAUUCAAGGUUGCAGCAGUAGCAGUGCUACCAAGGAGAAAGCUUGUGGUGGCAGUGGUGGUGGUGGUGAUGAUGGCGUGGAACAUGUUGUUUACAUAUCUAAUCCUAUUUACGAUAAUGAGGCGUGCAGGCCGAGCAGGGCAGAUACACCCUUUGAAACCCCAGACUCGUCACCUUCACAUUUAGAAGAACCAGAAGAAGAAGAAAGCGGCUCUUCUGGUGAUGAAGAGAUAGCUCAGCCAAUCUCUGCUGUCGGUUUGCCAAUAACACCUCCAUUGUCGCCAAUGAAGAAGCUCCCGGCAGAGGCUUGUUCUAUUUCACUUAGAGACGCCGGUUCCCUGGGAACUUCUGGCAGUGAUUCUAACAGUAACAACGGCAUUUCAUCGUCGUCAUCAGGUACUCCAUGCACAUCUCCAUCAUGGUGAUUGAUUAGAUUCUUUUUCCCUCUCUUUUUAUUGUUUCCUUUUGUGGGUCAAAAUCAAAAUUACGCUUUGAAACCUGUGUGUUUGCCAUGUGAGUUUUAAGGCAAGGGAGGUGGGUAAGUGUUGUUUUUGUGAAUACGGGUGAUGAAGAUGUGUUAAGGGUAGAGCAAUGAAAGAGGGGAGAAAAGUACUGUUUUGACAACUUUUGUUGGCCGGGCGUGACCAUGGUUCUGCCACCAAGAAGCCACGCUUGUGCUAACUAAAAAUUCCUACUCAGUUCCUUCGUUUUUAUUGCAUGUACCUGUUUGUUUCCAUUUGCUUGUAUGAGCGCCUAUGGAAAGUCGCUUAAUGUUUUAUGUAAUAAUAUAAGCCUUUGUUUUUUGUUCCC